AUGCCGCCUAAAACGAAAGCUUCGCAGAAGCGUACAAAAUGGACAGACCAAAUGAUCGCUGAUCUUGUGACAUGUCGAGCAUUAGCUCUAGCAAAACAUGCAGAUACAUCAAAUAUAGCAGAAAAUGUGAGCGGUAGGCGAAAGGGUUAUAUGGAAAUAAUGAAAGAUUUAUGGGAAGAGAAAGGGUAUGCAUCACAUCGGUUCUCAGCUCAAAAUCUACGAGAUAAAGUAGCACAAGUUCUAAAGAAUAAAGAAAGAAAAUUGCCGGAUACUAACUGCUCGAAAGACACCAGUGACGUAUCUAUAAAUUUCUCUGAAAACGAUGU